CUCCAAUAGAAAAGUUCAGUCUGACGGGACGCUCCGGCGGGAGGGCUGUGGGGGAUGAUGCGGUUCGGGUCCAGGUGUGCCAUGCGGAUGGUGCUCUGAAAUUCCACCUCAUUUCUCCUCCAAAGUUCAUGUUCUGUCCAACGACUUCUUAUUUGCGUCCCUCUGCCCAUCCACGUAACUGCGCCUAACAUGGCUUCCACUGUUCUACUGCUUCUGGCCCUCUCCUCCUCCGUCUCCCUCACUGUGGCCGUCCUGUUUGGUGAGCCCAGAAUCUAUGGAGAGGAUGCUACUGGAUAUGGCCCCAUCUUCGAGGAGGAGCCUGUGGAUGUAGUCUACAAUGAGGACUCCCCGGAUGGGAGGAUCUCCAUGAACUGCAGGGCACGAGCAAACCCACCGGCUACAUACAGGUGGCGUCGUGACAACUGGGAGAUCAAGCUGAUGGAGCAGCCAGACGAACACUAUAGCCUCGUGGGAGGGAACCUGGUGAUCAACAACCCCAGACAGAAGAAACAUGCAGGGACGUACAUCUGCGUCGCCAGGAACAUCUACGGCACCGUUAUCAGCAAGGAGGCCAGGGUCAAGUUCGGAUUUGUGGAGGAGUUUCCCCAGGAGGAAAGAGACCCAGUGUAUGUUAAAGAAGGCCAGGGUGCCGUUCUGCUGUGUGCCCCUCCAAAAGCCUGGCCACAGGAGGUGACCUACCGCUGGAUCUACAAUGAGUUCCCAGUCUUCCUGUACACGGAUCGGCGACGCUUUGUCUCCCAGAAGACGGGGAACCUGUACAUCUCCAAAGUGGAAGCUCAGGACGCAGGAAACUACUCCUGCUUUGUUUCCAGCCCCAUCAUCGGGAAGAGUGUCUUCUCCAAGUUCAUCCCCCUCAUCCCCUUACCACCUGAUGAAGGUGAGAGAAAGUACCCAGCAGACAUCAGGGUGAAGUUCCCAGACACUACUGCCAUGCUGGCCUCUAACAUUACAUUGGAGUGCUUUGCUCUGGGAAACCCCAUCCCUCAUAUUGUUUGGAGGAAGGUGGACGCCACAGACCUCCCACCAAAUCAUGAGAUCAGUGAAUCUGGAGCUGUGCUUCAUCUGUACAACGUACAGUACGAAGAUGUGGGAGGAUACGAGUGUGAAGCAAUCAACACUAAAGGAAAGGACUGGCACAAGGCCUGGCUGUAUGUGGAGUCUGCUCCAGAGUGGGCGGAAACCAUCAACAACACUCAGAUCGACAUUGGCUCGGAGCACACCAUGCGCUGUGUGGCCUCAGGGAAGCCGUUCCCUUUCAUCCGCUGGUACAAAGACGGAUACAUGUAUGGAAAGGGAGAGCUGAAGUUUUCCAGUCUCACUUUCGACGACUCGGGAAUGUACCAGUGUAUCGCCGAGAACUACUGGGGCAUCAAGUAUGCCAACGCUGAGCUGCGAGUCAUUGCCUGUGCUCCAACAUUCGAGUUCAACCCAAUGAGGAAGCAGCUUCUCGGGGCUAAAGACGGCCGCGUGGUGAUUGAGUGUAAACCUCGAGCUGCUCCCAGGCCGCGCUACACUUGGACAAAGGGCAAAGAGCUCCUCUUCAACAACUCACGCAUUUCCAUCCUGUUUGAUGGGAGUUUGGAGAUCCUAAAUGCCACCACCAACGAUGAGGGCGUCUACACCUGCUUUGCUGAGAAUGACAGAGGAAAGGCCAACAGCUCUGGCUACCUCACCAUCACAGAGGCUACCACCCUCACAGAGCCACCUGAAGACACUGAGGUAAUGGUUGGAGAUGAGGUAGUUCUGAGGUGCGCUGCUUCAUACGACCCCAUGCUGGACAUCGCAUUCAUCUGGGCCAUUGACUUCAGGGUCAUAGACUUUGACGCUGAGUGGCAACACUACGAACGUGUUCUGAGCGACGACGGCAGCGGUGACCUGAGAAUCAAGAACGUACAGAUUUGGCAUGAAGGUCGCUACACCUGCACGGCUCAAACGGUGGUGGACAGUGACACCGCGUACGCUGAUCUCAAGGUUGUAGGUGUCCCUGGACCUCCUGGUGUGAUUCGGGUGGAUGAGAUCGGGGACAGCUGGGUGAAGCUGUUGUGGUCCAAACCAGCGGAUCAUAACAGCCCCAUCAUCUCCUACACCGUUCAGACCCGACAUUUCUGGGCUCUGAAUGAAGAUGACUGGAGGGAUGCCAGCACAUCUCCAGCCUUUCUUGACGGCAGUCUGGAGAAGGCAGAAGUGACGGACCUGUACCCCUGGAUGGAGUAUCAGUUCAGGAUCAUUGCUACAAAUGAGCACGGCUCUGGAGAGGCCAGCAUCCCCUCCUUGAAGAUCAAAACUUGGGAUGCUCCACCAGUGGUUUCUCCCACUGAUGUGGCAGGUUACGGAGGUAGAAAUGGUGAAAUCGUCAUCACUUGGACACCUGUGCAGCCAUGGUUUUUCUAUGGUAAAAAGUUUGGCUACAUUGUGGCCUUCAAGCCUCAUGAUGCAUACGACUGGUGGUACGAGACCAUUUCAGACCCCGAGACGAGGCGUUACGUUCACAGAGAUACCUAUUUCGUUCCCACCGACGAAGAUUUCCAGGUCAGAGAGUUUCAAGUGAAGAUCAAGUCGUUCAAUGUGAAAGGAGACGGACCGUACAGCCUCACCAAGGUCAUCUACUACCCAAGAGAUGUACCUACAGAGUCUCCCACAGAUGUCUAUGCCAGGCCGGUGUCCUCCCAUGAAGCUCUGGUGUGGUGGUUGCCAGUGGUCGACACUGGCACAGGCCUGCAGCAGUACAUUGAGGGAUACCAGGUCAAGUACUGGAGAAAGUACGAUGAUCCAGAGCCGGGAGCAAACCGUAUAUUUGUUGGAGCCAACGUCAAUCAGACCAGGUUGGAGAAUAUGCUGCCAGACUCUCACUACCUCAUUGAGGUCCGUGCCUUCAAUGGAGCUGGCCUUGGACCUCCUGGUGAACACUGUGAGAUGUUCACAAAGAGACCACCACCACCAGACCCUCCCAGGAUGUGGCGCUAUGUCAGCUGGACAGGACAGUGGUUGUAUGUGUGGUGGGAUCACAUCCAGUACGACUGGUUUGGCAACAUUUCCUUCCCUCUGUACUACAAGGUCAUGUUCAGAAAGACGGGCUACAUCUAUGGCAAGGUCUACAUCACUGGCUGGCACUUCAUGGACUUCCCCAUGCCUCAGGUUGGAGACUAUGAGCUAAUGGUGCGCGGCCGUUAUGAAGGAGGAGAUGGUCCAAUCAGGAUGAUUAGUAUUAAGGGUAAAGCAUUGAUGGUCACGCCCUCUCUCAGGAUGGUGUUUUUGGGUCCUCUGGCGCUGUGCAUUAUGGGAUUGCAAAUUUAAGCCUGCCACAAGCGAAUUGUAAAUAAUAGACUCUGGGAAGUAGAUGUGUGGACCUUGUCCUCCAAACACUCCUCACUAUGAUAGUCAUCAUGCAUUGCAAUGCAUCCUGCAUUUGUUCUGUCAUAACACCACACAGGAAGUUGUUUUUCACAAGACCCGCCACUCUUUAUGGACUUUUAAAUGAACAAAUGUGUCGGACUCCUGCAUCAUCCACAGAUGUAAAUCUAAAGAGGAGAUCCAAAAUGUACUCUGUUGUAUCCAGAUUUUUUUUUUUUUUUAAUUUUUUUUUUUAUCCAAGUCAAACCCAAAACGAAUGGAGACAAAUACUAAUUGUUGGAGCUUGUAUUUCUUUAAUUAAGCUCUCCACAUACUGUUCCAUUCAGCAAUGUCCUGAUCAUCUUCUGUUAUUAUGUUCGGUCUCUAUCAUCUGUAUGGACAAAGAGUACCAGGUAGAAUAUAACCAACAGAUUGUGGGAUGUUAUUUGUAAUAAUCACUAUAAACUUCUCAGAUGGUCAAGUAAUCAAUAUUAUGUAAAGAACUGUAUCAUACUCACUGUGUUUGAUUUACACAUAUUUAAAACACGUUUAUUCCUCACAAUCAUAAAGCUCUAGGAUUUAAAAUGUUUUCUUUUUGUCACCUUUGUUGAACUCUUUUUUGAACUUCAUUUUUGAAACUUUCGAUGGUGCUGUCUGUCUAACUGAUGUUUUAUGGAAAUAUUCAUCAUAACCAGAAUCAGUUUUUACUAUGAGUUUAAGCUGCACUGAUGAAAGUGGCAUCACUUCGAGACAGCUUCAUUUGAAACCGAUGAUGAUUGUUGCAGGUGAAAAUGUACCAUUUGACUGAACCAUGAAACUGCUUUACAUCAUGUCUGUAUGCUAAUUUAUUUUAUGUCACGUUGCAAACCAUUAAACAGAGUACAACAAUCGA